UGACGGGUUGUGCUGGUUAUCUCCUUUCCUUGUGUUUGAGAAGAGCAGCGCCCAGAGCCCGCCCUCCGCCAGUGCAUGUGCCUCUCUGUGUGUGUCUUUAGGAGCCCAGCCCAGCCCCGCCUCCUGUCUUCCUGCUAGAUAGAUGGCGGCGGAGAGCAGAGUGCUGUCCUAUACCGUGUACAAGUGGAGCUCGUUCUCCUCCAGUUACCUCCCUGAAAACAUUUUGGUUGACAAGCCUAACGAUCAGUCUUCACGAUGGUCUUCCGAGAGCAACUACCCCCCUCAGUAUCUCAUACUGAAAGCAGAAAGACCAGCCAUUGUCCAGAGCAUCACCUUUGGAAAAUAUGAGAAGACUCAUGUUUGUAAUUUGAAAAAGUUCAAAGUUUUUGGUGGCAUGAAUGAAGAAAACAUGACGGAGCUUUUAUCAAGUGGCCUGAAGAAUGAUUAUAACAAAGAAACAUUCACAUUGAAGCAUAAAAUUGAUGAGCAGAUGUUCCCGUGCCGAUUCAUUAAAAUAGUACCUCUCUUGUCAUGGGGACCAAGCUUUAACUUCAGCAUCUGGUACGUUGAAAUCAGUGGCAUUGAUGAUCCGGAAGUUGUACAGCCCUGUCUUCACUGGUACAGUAAGUACCGUGAACAGGAAGCCAUUCGCCUUUGUCUCAAGCACUUCCGCCAGCACAAUUACACAGAAGCUUUUGAAUCCUUACAGAAGAAAACCAAAAUUGCCUUAGAACACCCAAUGUUAACAGAGCUUCAUGACAAGCUGGUUUUGAAAGGAGACUUUGAUGGCAGUGAGGAGUUGAUUGAAAAGGCUGUUCAUGAUGGUCUCUUCAACCAAUAUAUCAGUCAACAAGAAUAUAAGCCACAGUGGAACCAGAUAAUUCCUAAAAGCAGUAAAGGGGACGGAGAAGACAGCAGGCCAGGAAUGAGGGGAGGACAUCAAAUGGUCAUUGAUGUACAAUCUGAGAUGGUGUAUUUGUUUGGAGGCUGGGAUGGAACGCAGGAUCUAGCAGACUUCUGGGCAUACAGUGUCCGAGAAAACCAGUGGAUCUGCAUAUCUCGAGAUACAGAGAAAGAGAACGGUCCCAGUGCCAGAUCUUGUCACAAGAUGUGCAUUGAUACUCAGCGCAGGCAGAUAUAUACUUUGGGUCGGUAUUUGGACUCCUCUGUAAGAAACAGCAAAUCUCUAAAAAGUGAUUUCUAUCGCUAUGAUAUUGACACCAACACGUGGACUUUACUCAGUGAAGAUACAUCAGCAGAUGGGGGGCCAAAGCUUGUAUUUGACCACCAGAUGUGUAUGGAUUCCGAAAAGCACAUGAUCUACACAUUUGGAGGCCGAAUAUUGACUUGUAAUGGUAAUGUGGAUGAUAGCAGAGCCAGUGAGCCCCAGUUCAGUGGACUCUUUGCAUUUGAUUGUCAAACACAAGUGUGGAAAUUGCUCAGAGAAGACUCUUGUAAUGCUGGACCGGAAGAUAUACAGUCCAGGAUUGGACAUUGCAUGCUUUUCCACUCUAAAAACCGCUGUUUGUAUGUGUUUGGUGGACAAAGGUCGAAGACCUACUUGAAUGACUUUUUUAGUUAUGAUGUGGACAGCGACCACGUGGAAAUCAUCUCAGAUGGCACAAAGAAAGAUUCUGGAAUGGUUCCAAUGACUGGUUUCACUCAGAGAGCCACCAUUGACCCAGAGCUGAAUGAAAUCCACGUUUUGUCAGGUUUAAGUAAAGACAAAGAGAAACGGGAGGAGAAUGUGAGGAAUUCCUUCUGGAUUUAUGACAUUGUCAGGAAUAGCUGGUCUUGUGUGUAUAAGAAUGAUCAAGCAUCAAAAGAAAAUCCAAACAAAAGCCUUCAAGAGGAGGAGCCUUGUCCGCGAUUUGCACACCAGCUGGUUUAUGAUGAAUUACACAAGGUUCAUUAUCUCUUUGGAGGAAAUCCAGGGAAGUCCUGCUCUCCAAAAAUGAGGUUGGAUGAUUUCUGGUCCUUGAAGUUGUGCCGGCCUUCAAAAGACUACUUGCUAAGACACUCUAAAUAUCUGAUUAGGAAACACCGGUUUGAAGAGCGUGCACAAACGGAACCCCUGAGUGCGCUGAAAUACCUGCAGAAUGACCUGUUUGACACAGUGGAUCACUCUGACCCUGAAGAGACUAAGGAGUUUCAGCUUCUUCCCUCUGCACUUUUCAAAUCCAGCAAAGAAUUCACUCCUCUUGGGUUCUCGGAUGUUGACCACACAUAUGCUCAGAGGACGCAGCUCUUUGAUACACUUGUCAACUUCUUCCCAGACAGUAUGACCCCACCAAAAGGCAACCUGGUCGACUUGAUUACACUGUGAUGAACUGUUGAAGGAGAGCAAAACCUUUUAAUCUGCUUUUGUGUUAUAUGUAUAAUUGAAAUUGAAGCUGGAAUGCAAUUUGUGCACAACAAAUUGAACAUUGCUUUUGUGGUAAAUAUUGAACUCUGUAGGAAGAGGUUGAUUACCUCUUGCUGCCAAAGGUUAAUUUGGCUGAAAGUUUUUUUUUUUUUUCCCUUUUGGUAAAAUGGUUUACAUGUGUAAAAUGAUGUAAUGUAGCAUUUUUCUCCUAUUUCAAAUGCUAUGUUUUCAUGCUCUCUUAAAAGGCACCCUAUGUUUGUGGGUUGGCCUUUAAGCAUUGAAGUUAAUGAUGAGCAUUGCCCCUAUAUUAUAUAUAUUUUUUAUGUUCAACUAGAUUUGAAGGGGCAUAGGUGUAUGUUAUAGUAACAUAUGAAAGUGAAGCUUAGUCAUGCAUGACGAGGAAAUUGUGUGAGAAUGAAGAAGUGAGAUACUAUUGAGUGACCUCCUGUACAGCUACUGUAUUUUCUGUAUAAAGAAUGUGAAAUAUAAAUAUACUUCUUUUUUUAUUUCGAGUUUUUCACAGCCUUUACUUUGAAUAUGAAGAUAUGGGUUGUAAAAUUGAGGUAUAAGCCAAAUCUAAUAGUCCAUAUUGUGUAUUUGAGUUACAAUGAGACUUUUAUUCAUAAUCCAUAUAUAUUGAACAC